AUGAACUGCUUGAGAUUACUCGAAACGUUGGACGUGAUCGGGUGUGCCGGUAUUUGCAUAAGUACGGAGAGUUCGCAGCUGUUGCAAAAUUCGCUUCUCAUUUUGCAGACGGAAAAUCAUUUUCGCAAGUGUUAUUACUGGGGCAGAAUUGAUGGGAUUCAAAACGACUAUCACAUUGCGUAUGGCUACGAGAAAGAUUGUAUGAGUGGCCAAGUGUAUUAUUACAGCACGGAUUGCAUGAAUUGGUUAUUGCUGCCGAAGGCGACGAAAUGCGGACGAUUCUUAAGUCCAUUGGCGAUCAACAGAUUCGAAGGCGACCCGUUCAUCGUCAUGAACGUUUACAACGUCAAUCCACCAUUUCCGCCGAAUGAAGACCCAAAGAUUUAUUAUGACGGACCUAUACCUCGGGAAUUAAAGGAGGAGGAUCGUCUCGCAGCCACCGUGGAACUGAUCACGGAGGAUGCCGCGGUAAUUCCGCGCGGUGCCUGGUUCAAGUGUCCAAACGGCGAUGUGAUCGAAAAUCCGAGUUUCGAGGGCCUGUGCGCCUUAGAUGCCUCCUGCUUAAAGUCCUACCUGCACGCUCGUCUUCCGAAGGAGAAGUGGAACACCAACUUGCUCUCCCGACCCGACUACAAUUACGCGCUGGACUUUCUGGACAGCGUGGAUAUGGACGUGCCUCAAGGGUGCUGGGAUUUGCAGUUUCUCCUGGGCGGUCGCUUGGCGAUUUUGCACAGCUUGUAUUGGCACGGAAUGACAUUCUUCCAUAAGCUGGAUUCUCCGCAUCACGGUUUUCUAUACGUCGGCCACGGGAAGAAGAAUCUCGACUUGCCCUUCAUGCUCUGAUACGAGAAGUACCGAAAUUCUGCGAAUAUAAAAAAAAUGACGCGCGAACAA